GUUAUGGGCAAUUCGACAUGCUGCCUACGAAAUCGUGGAUCCAUUUCAAGAGAGGAGAAAACCUACGCUUAUGAAGGACAUUACACAAGAAACAAUCAUGUUGAGUUUCAAUACGUUAACCAGACUUUCCCUCGAGAUGAAACAUCGACGAAUUUCCUUCCUCAUAUUAGUGAACGGGAAGCACUUGAAGUGGGAGAGGAAGACCCGUCAACUCAUCCUACCGCUCGUCCAACGUUUAUGGAGCGUAGCAAAAGUGAAAUGAAGUAUGAUUCAACAAUAAGUCAGCCAAAUCUGAAGAAUACCAUUAAAUGCAUAUCGCUGGCAAUAUACUACCAUAUUGCGAAUAGAAAAAAUCGAGCUCAUGAACGACUCAUGGAAAUUUUUGAAGAACGACUUCAUCCAAUUACGCGUGAAGCGUUACCACCAGAAGUAAUGACCAAGGACCCGGAUCAUCGUCAAAUAUACCGAUUUGUACGCACUUUAUUUCACUCUGCGCAGCUCACUGCUGAGUGUGCAAUUAUAACGCUGGUUUAUAUAGAGAGACUUCUAAAUUAUGCAGAAAUGGAUUUGUGUCCAUCGAAUUGGCGAAGAGUCGUUCUUGGUGCCAUCAUGUUAGCCUCGAAGGUAUGGGACGAUCAGGCAGUAUGGAAUGUUGAUUACUGUCAAAUAUUACGAGAUACCAAUGUGGAUGACAUGAACGAACUUGAACGACGUUUCCUCGAGUGCCUUGACUUCAACAUAGAAGUGCCGUCAUCGGUUUAUGCAAAAUACUACUUUGAUCUCCGAACACUUGCUUUGGCCAAUGAUUUGCAAUUGCCACUUCAACCACUUUAUAAAGAACGUGCUAAACGUUUAGAGGUGAGUUCAAAUUGCGUUUACGUUGUAGUGAAGUCUCAGGUUUUAUAUGUGCGUGUAUUCAUAUCGUCCACUUUGUCAUCAUUUCCGCUGUUUAGUUUAGAUUUUUAA